UUAGGGAUGAGUUUGAGCUGAGAGUACCAUAAAUAGAGCUGUGUAUAUUGUAACUAACAACAUCUCUACCCCAACCCAGCCCAGGACUACACACUUUGCUGUCUCUCCUAUACUGUGGAUGGUCAGUGGUUUAAUAAUAACAGCAGGAAAAGCAUUAACAUCAUAAAUCACAAUCACAUACGAAUUAUGAUCGAAAUUGAAUUGAUUCCACUGAAGACACCUGUGAGUAAAUAGAUCGCUGAAAGAACAAAAAAAAGAGGUUUGAAAAAUGUCAAAGAAGAAACCUCUGUCUGCUGAGGAGAAGCGCACGAAAAUGCUUGAACUCUUCCACGAGUCACAGGACGUUUUUCAAUUGAAAGAUUUGGAGAAAAUUGCUCCGAAAGAGAAAGGUAUUGUACAGCAGUCGGUCAAGGGAGUCUUGACGGAGCUAGUUGAUGAUGGAAUCAUAGAUUCGGAGAAAAUUGGAACAAGUGUUUACUAUUGGGCUUUUCCAAAGAAAUCCAUCAAUGAUUUGAGGAAAAAAAUUCGAGAAGUGGAGGUGGUGAAUGAAAAAGCUGACCUAAGAAUCAAAGAACUCGAGGAUUCGUUGAAAAAGUCAACAGAAGCCUUAGAAAACAUUGACGAAGUUACAAGAAUCCAAAACGAAGUGACGCUCUUGAAAGUUGAAAAAACCGACUUAGAGAAGGAACUAAAUAGUUUGGGAGAGAAUGAUCCAGAAGUUCUGGUUGCAAAAGAAGACGAAAUAAAAAAACUACUCGAAGCCGCAAAUCGAUGGACCGAUAACAUUUUCUACAUAAAAUCAUGGUGCAAAAAUAAGUUUGGCAAAGAGGACAAGGAACUGGACAAGGGAUUUGGAAUACCAGACGAUUUAGAUUAUCUACAUGAAUAAAACUUAUUUUACUUACCACUGAACAAGAACACCUUUCAUAACAUUUACCAUUAUUCAAUAUAUUUCAUUAUUUUGUUUUUAAAACAAAAACAGAAAUUAAUGCUAAUCGCCGAUUUAU